UUUCCUCCAUACUUGUCAUAGCAAGAAACAUAAAUUGUAUUCCGAAAUUUUGGGCCUUAAAAUUGAAUUCUAAAAAUGCCGAUAUGCUCCCCCGGAUUUCACGUUUCGUGAUAAGUUCUGAUCCUACAUGUUUGACAAAAAUUUGAUUAGUGUCAACGUAUUUGGCUCUUUGAAUCUUGCUUGAUUAAUUUAAGUUCGAUCAGAACUCGUAUCAUCCAAUUUCUUUUGUCUUUAUCCACUGAUCUGUAACCGAGAUAAUCUAUUUAUCUGCUUUUCCACAAUAAACAAGAGGAACAUCACGCUUGGCUGAGUUCUGUCUCUCGUGAUCUGGUUCUAUUCACUGAACUCCGAGUUUUCUAAUGGCGAAUUCAUCUCUCCCUCGCGACUCGCUUUUCCUUGGACUCGACAGCUCGACUCAGUCCUUGAAGGCUACUGUGUUGGACUCCAAUAUCAACAUUGUCAAAUCUGAACUGGUUCACUUUGAGUCUGAAUUGCCUCAUUACAAGACUAAAGAUGGAAUUUAUAGAGAUCCCACGGACAAUGGCAGAAUUGUUUCACCCACCUUGAUGUGGGUGGAGGCAUUGGAUCUCAUGUUUCAAAAACUAUUAAAAUCAGGUCUCGAUUUUGGCAAAAUUGCUGCUGUUUCUGGCAGUGGACAACAACAUGGCAGUGUCUAUUGGAAGAAAGGGAGUUCUGCAAUAUUAUCAUCACUGGAUUCUAAGAAAUCUUUAGUUGAUCAACUUGGUAAUGCGUUUUCCAUAAAAGAAUCACCAAUAUGGAUGGAUAGUAGCACCACGGCUCAGUGUAGGGAGAUAGAGAAAGCUGUUGGAGGAGCAAUGGAGUUAGCGCAGCUAACUGGUUCACGUGCCUAUGAAAGAUACACAGGCCCACAAAUUAGGAAGAUAUUCCAGACUCAGCCAGAAGUUUAUAGCAAUACUGAGAGGAUAUCUCUUGUUAGCUCAUUCAUGGCUUCUCUCCUUAUUGGGUCAUAUGCUUGUAUUGAUGAAACUGAUGGUGCAGGAAUGAAUUUAAUGGACAUUAAGGAGAGGACCUGGUCUAAACUAGCUUUAGAGGCUACAGCUCCUGGAUUGGAGGAGAAGCUUGGAAAGUUAGCCCCUGCUCAUGCUGUUGCUGGUCCUAUUGCCCCUUAUUUUGUUGAGAGGUUUCAUUUUAAUAAGAACUGUUUGGUUGUUCAGUGGUCUGGAGACAAUCCCAACAGUUUAGCAGGUCUAACUCUAAGCUCUCCAGGGGAUUUGGCAAUAAGUCUGGGCACCAGUGACACGAUUUUUGGGAUCGCCAAAGAUCCUAAACCCAGAUUAGAAGGCCAUGUGUUUCCUAAUCCUGUGGACACUAAAGGCUAUAUGGUAAUGUUGGUAUAUAAGAAUGCAUCGCUCACUCGUGAAGAUGUGCGCAAUCGCUGUGCUGAGAAAUCCUGGGAAGUUUUUAACAAGUUUUUGGAGCAAACACCACCAUUAAAUGGUGGAAAGCUCGGUUUCUAUUACAAGGAGCAUGAAAUUCUUCCCCCCCUUCCAGUGGGCUUUCAUCGCUACGCACUUGAAAAUUUCACUGGAAACACCUUUGAGGGCUUGAAAGAACAGGAAUUGACCGAGUUUGAUCCCCCAACUGAGGUUCGAGCAUUAAUCGAGGGCCAGUUUCUCUCAAUGCGAGCUCACACAGAAAGAUUCGGGAUGCCUUCUCCUCCAAAACGAAUCAUAGCCACUGGUGGAGCAUCGGCAAACAAGAAUAUUCUGAAUAUAGUAGCGACUAUCUUUGGCUGCGAUGUGUAUACUGUCCAGAGACCUGAUUCCGCUUCUCUGGGAGCGGCAUUAAGGGCUGCUCACGGCUGGCUUUGCAGCCAAAAAGGCAGUUUCAUACCCAUGUCGAGCCUUUACGAGGACAAGCUGGAUAAGACAUCUCUAAGCUGCAAACUUGCAGUAAAAGCUGGAGACCUGGAACUGGUUAAGAAGUAUGGAUUGCUGAUGAAGAAGAGAAUUGAAAUCGAGAAUAGACUGGUUGAAAAGUUUGGGCAUUCAUAGAGCGAAAUUAUAGCUAGUUUUCUCAUUUGUUAUUAGAUUUUAUUUGGACUAUAAUUCAAUAAUUA